AUGCUGCAGAAUACCAUGGAUUUGUUGGAACUUGAUUUGCUUUCUGAUUCGGAGUUGCAUUCAACAUGCAGUGCAUUCUUUGGGGGCAGGAAAAGCAUGGCCGCGCAGCGAACACACAGGGAGCUUGCUCCCACAUAUGCUGCGGGAAAGUCCUCGUGCCUUGGGGCAGAAAGUGCCACUGGGAGACCGGAAGACCUUGACUUUGGGGCUUACAGCGAAGCAAACGCAGAGUUGUGGUCCUGGUGUUUUGGUCCUUUGCAGCAGCAAAGUCAUGCCAUGAGCGUUUUCAAGAACGCCAACCGAACGGGGCUCACUCUUUCCAUGCCCUCUUCUCAGACUUGGUUUGUAUUUCUCUGCACAGAUUGA